CGAGCCCCGUCCAGCAUGGCCUCCUGCCGGGCCUCCUGCCGGGCCUCCUGCCGGCUCCUCUUCCUGGCGGCAUGCGCAGCCCUGUUCCUCGGGGCAUGCGUCCAGGACACCCACGCCUGGGGCAGCCCGGCUCCACCGCCAGCCCCGUCGGAGUCGGAGUGCAGGCCAUACAUCGAGAAGGCCCUCAAGGAGAUGGAACACCACGAAACGACAGGAACAGAAAACGAAUCGGGGGGCAGUAUAGAGAGCGGCGAACAGGCGCAGGCUGAUCAGCCCGACGAAGCAAGCAGCAAAGAGGAGUCCGAUGACGUCGUGUCCACGACGGAGGGCAUCGACGGCAACAGUGUGGAGGAGGCAGAUUCCAAAGAGACCCAGGAGGCGAGCACGGAGCAAUCCGAAGAUGCCACCGGGGAGGCCACCGAGGAGGCCACCGGGGAGGCCGUCGACGGGGACGCUACCGAAGAAGUCGUAGCCGAUUCGAAAGAGGAGGGAACAGAAACCGAAGAAAACGAAGGAGGGGAUUCAAAAGAGGCAGAAGCUGAGUCCACGGAAGGAGAGUCAAAGGAGAACGCCGAAGAGUCGGUGGAAGAGCCAGCCGAAGAGUCGGAAGCGGUGGCCGUAGAGGGAGAGCCCACGGAGGCAGCAGGCGAGGGCGGCGACUCACAGGAAGAAGCUGUUGAGGCAGAAUCGGAGGGCGGCGACUCCCAGGAGGAAGCAGCAGAGGCAGAAUCCGAGGACGCCGGCUCCAAGGAGGAAGGUGCUGACGGGGGCGACUCCGUGGAAGAAGCAGCAGAAGCUGAGGGAGCCGAGUCCGUAGAAGCAGCGGCCGAGGCGGGAGAUUCAGCAGAAGGGGGCGACUCCAAGGAGGAGAGCGAGUCUGGCGAAGCGGCCGAAGCUGGCGAUAAUGCAGAGGACUCCAAAGAAGCCGCUGAGGGUGGCGACUCUCAAGAAGAAACCGCUGAGGCUGGUGACUCUCAAGAAGAAACUUCUGAGGCUGCUGAUUCCAAGGAAGAAACUUCUGAGGCUGCUGAUUCUAAGGAGGAAACCGCCGAUGCUGCUGAUUCUAAGGAAGAAGGGGCUGAGGCUGGUGAUUCACAGGAAGAGGCCGCAGAAGGUGGUGACUCCAAAGAAGAAACCGCCGAACCGGGAGACUCUAAGGAAGAAACAGCUGAGAGUGUUGACUCACAGGAGGAAACCGUUGCAGAUGGCGAGUCCAAGGAGGCUGUUGAAGGUGGUGACUCCAAGGAGGAAGCUGCUGAGGAAGUUGACUCAAAGGAGGAAGCUGCUGAGGCGGCAGAAUCCACAGAAAGCAAAGGAGACUCCAAAGAAGAGGCCUCAGACUCAAAAGAAACCACUGAAGACUCCACCGAAGACAAACCCGCAGAAGAGGCUGCAGUGUCUGCAGAAAGUGUAGAACAGGUUGAGGCAGAGGCUCAAAGUGAUGAAGAGAGCACAGCAGGAGAUUCUGAAGAGUUGCCUGAAGAGGACUUAAUAUUGCCAAUUGAGAUCCCAGAGAAUUUAAGGCCUAGGGAUCACAUUUCACGCAUUCUAAAACUUGAUGAUAGUUCAGCCGAAUCCGAAGUUGUAAUGGAUAAAGUUACAGAUACAACACUACGAGAGCUUAAACGUCUUUAUGAUACAGCUAUCAAACCACUUGAAUUAUUAUACAAAUACAGAGACCUCAGCAACAGGCACUUUGGAGACCCUGAGAUUUUCUCCAAGCCAUUGAUUUUGUUCAUGGGCCCAUGGAGUGGCGGAAAAUCAACUAUUAUUAACUACUUACUGGACAAUGAAUACAGCCAGUAUUCACUGAGAACAGGAGCUGAGCCAUCACCUGCCUACUUCAACAUUCUUAUGCACGGUGAACGCCAGGAAAUUCUGGAUGGUACCCAACUAGCAGCUGACUGGACUUUCUCAGGACUUCAGAAGUUUGGACAAGGACUACUAGACCGCCUCCGAGGGGUGAGGCUGAACUCUCCUCUGUUAGAAAAGGUGAACAUUGUUGAGAUUCCUGGCAUCCUGGAAAUCAGGAAGCAAGUGGAGCGCAUGUUCCCUUUCAAUGAUGCCUGUCAAUGGUUCAUUGACCGAGCAGAUAUUAUAUUCCUUGUCUAUGAUCCUUCCAAACUGGAUGUUGGGCCUGAGACAGAAGCCAUCCUUGACCAGCUGAAGGGUAGAGAAUAUCAGACUCGAAUUAUCCUCAACAAGGCUGAUCAAGUAAAACCAGAAGAGCUAAUGAGGGUUCAGGGAACUUUAAUUUGGAAUAUUAGUCCACUUAUGUCAAGUGCUGAGCCACCUAUUAUGUAUUCAACAUCAUUGUGGUCAAUGCCAUAUGAGAACGGGGCACCCAUUCGCUUACUACAAGCUCAAGAACAUGCAUUCCUUCGAGACUUACGAGAAGCCGUUUUCAAACGUGUGGACAAUAAAAUAGCAAGUGCACGUCGUUUUGCUGUUCGUGUGCGCAACCAUGCCAAAAUGGUGGACUGCUACCUCACAACGUACUACAACCACAAAACAUUCUUUGGAAACAAGAAGAAGACUGCAGAUGACAUUAUUGAGCAUCCCCAGGAAUACCAUAUUUAUGAAGGUUUAAGUACCCUGACUAACAUCUCUCGCUACGAUUUGCCAGAUCCUGAGACAUACCGGGACUUCUUCAAGCUUAAUCCUCUUUUUGAGUUCCAACAACUCGCUGCAACAUGCACGUAUUUCCGAGGGUGCCCUAUCAAUAGGCUUGAUGUAGCCAUUGCAUAUGACUUGCCCGAAUUAAUUGGAAAAUACAAAAAGAGUGUAGAAGAUGCACAAGCAGAGUAUGAGAAGAAGCAGCCAAAAAGUUGAAAAUAUUGAAUUGGUGAUAGAAUAUUUCCCCAGGACAGAACAGCUUUAUCUUACUGAGACAGCUGCAAAUAUCAUUCAAUUUAAAGUGACUUGAAUAUUUUUUUACAAGAACUUGGCACGAGACCUCAGCAUUUAAAAAAUAUCAAUGCUGUCCUAAUGAAGCAAGUCACUUUACUUUUUUCUUUUAAAAGACAAAAACGAAGAUUAACUAUACUAUCUUUAAGAUCUCAUCUGCUUCAAUUUUGUUAUACACUAAAGAUCAUGUAAAAUUCCUUAAGUUUUCAUUGCCAAUUUAAAUAAAUUUAAACCAUUUUUCAAAUAACAUUUUAAUUUUUUUUUUUUUUUGCUUUCUUUGGAAAGAGAAUGAAUGAUCUAGUAGACUUUUGAAUCUUUGAAUUGUGUUAAAUGAGUACAAAGGUGAUGUGAUACCAUUUGAAAUGAGGUGGAGUCUAUGCACAAUUGUACAGCAUUUUAAUCAUGUUUUCUAAUCAAGACAGAAAGUAUGUUGUAUCUGUUAUCGUUCCCUUAUCAUUGUGGCUAGACAAUCUACAAAAGAGAAGAGAGAGAGAGAAAGAGAGCUGCCAAGAGGGACAGCACAAUACCUUGUUGACUUGGUCACUUGCUACUGACCACAAAAAUGGUCAGUUUCAUCAAAUAUGAUAGAAGAAUAAACGUAACAGCAUAGGGUAUAACCUCUUAAAGUCUGGUUUUCAAAAGAAAACAAAAGCUCUAGAGGUGUUGCUAAGAUAAGCAGCUUUCAUCAUUCCUCAUCGAAGCUCUCCCGUAAUACAGUGCAAGUUUUGGCUCCAGAUCUCAUAUUAAGUUGCAUAUGAGAGGAAAAAGGGGUGCUGGUGAACUGUCAGUCACUUUAGAUCACCCUCUUUUUUACAGGAGAAAAUUAAUGAAAAUUGAAACUAUUCUGGGAGCAACUUUGCUGGCUUAUUCUUCUGUAGCGCAUUCUUACAUUAUCCUUCUAUUUCUUAACAGAAGAAAAAAGAAAAAAGGCUUGGAGAGCAGAAAAUAGGUUAACCAAUCUCUGUUGACAGGGUCCAUCAUUUUGUAGUGAUAUUGUUUUCCUAAGUUUUGUGUAGCACUAUUUCUUUGAGGGACGUCUUCGAGAAAAAAUUUGAUAUAUACACCAAACUGGGAUCAUUAAAAUAAUGUGAAUAAUUAAUUUCUCCAGUCUAAUCGUGAGAGACCUAGCGGGAUGCUGUGAGUGUAAAAUUAAAAGUUAUGUUAACAAGCUACAUGGGCGGUUGAAGGGUCACCUUCCUGAAAAACCUGAAAUUAAAAAUUUGCGGUGCUUUUCUUAGCAGCGUGCAGACAUGCGAUCCCUCUCCUCUUCCCUCACUUUACCUCCCCCACACUUGCAAAAAUACCCUUAAAACCGCCCAUGAAAAAGUAUGGUUUAAGGAUAUUAAAAAAAAAAUCCACAAAAACAAUAAAAAAUUAUGAAAAAUUUA